UAAUUCCACAGACAGAAUGAUUUGAAGAACACCAUGCAGAGUUACACCCAUUCACACAAAGAUUAAUACCCAUCAUUAAAAUGCACAAUAAAAUAAUUCAAUUGAAAUGCUAAAAUCGGCAUCCGGACCUAAAAUGUGCAGCAAAAUAAUCCCAUUAAAACAACACAACAAUGAAUGGGCAGAAAACAACCAAGCAAUGUAUAGUGGAUAUUCUUUAUGCUAUCUCCGAAGAGGACCUUUUUCUUUUUCCUUCAGGGUCCUCUGUGCUUUGAAGAUGUCGCUGUGUAUUUCACAGAGGAGGAGUGGGCGUUGCUGGAUCCUGACCAGAGAGCUCUGCACAAGGAAGUCAUGGAGGAGAAUCGUGCGAUUGUGGACUCUCUCAGUGGUGGUGGAUUGGAAAUUAUGAACAACGGAGCCCAUGACAACAUUCACACAAUGGGGAAGCUGUAUAAAUAUUUGGAGUGUGGAAAGAGCUACAGUCAGAGCUCCUAUUCCACUUCCCAUAAUAUAAAUCCUGUUUGGAAGAAUCUCUAUCAGUGCUUUAAAGAUGAUAGGAUGUUUCGUCAGAAGAAAUGUCUCACUUUCAAUCCAAAAACUCACAGCAGGGAAAAACCACAUCUUUGCUUUGAAUGUGGAAAGAGCUUCAGUCAGAGGGCUAAGCUCAUUACCCAUCAAAGAAUUCAUACAGGAGAGAAACCAUUUCAGUGCUUGGAAUGUGGAAAGAGCUUCAGCCAGAGGGGUCAUCUCACUUCACAUCGAACAAUUCAUACUGGGGUGAAACCAUAUAGGUGCAUGAAAUGUGGAAAGACUUUCAGUCGGGAGGAUAGUCUUACUUCACACCAAACAAUUCACAGUGAGGAGAGACCAUAUCAGUGCUUGGAAUGUGGAAAGAGCUUUAAAUGGAAAAAAAGUCUCACUUUACAUGAAAGAUUUCACAGAGGGGAGAGACCAUAUAAAUACUUGGAAUAUGGAAGUACCUUCGGUAAGAAUAGUAGUCACACGCCGCAUCAAAUAAUUAACAUUGAGGAGAGACCAUAUCAGUGCUUGGAAUGUGGAAAGAGCUUCAGUCACAGGGCUGUGCUGAAGACCCAUCAAAGAAUUCAUACU